AUGCCGGUGAAGAACAGGUACAACCUGGUGGACGAUGGCUGCGACUCGCGGGUCCCCCUGCACAACGAAGACGCCUUCCAGCACGGGAUCCACUUCCAGGCCAAGUACAUCGGUAGUCUGGAUGUGCCGAGACCCAACAGCCGUGUGGAGAUCGUAGCAGCCAUGAGAAGGAUUCGGUAUGAAUUCAAAGCAAAGAACAUCAAGAAGAAGAAAGUGAGCAUCAUCGUUUCUGUGGACGGGGUGAAGGUGAUUCUGCGCAAGAAGCAGAAGAGAAAAGAAUGGACCUGGGACGAGAGUAAGAUGUUAGUGAUGCAUGAUCCUGUCUACAGGAUCUUCUACGUGUCGCACGACUCGCAGGACCUCAAGAUUUUCAGUUACAUUGCAAGGGAUGGCGCCAACAACUCGUUCAGAUGCAACGUUUUCAAAUCCAAAAAGAAGAGCCAGGCCAUGCGGGUGGUGCGGACAGUGGGCCAGGCCUUCGAGGUGUGUCACAAGCUGAGCCUGCAGCAUGCACUGCAGAACGCGGACGGCCAGGCGGACGGCGCCAGCGACAAGUCUGUGGAAGAGCGGCCUCUAGAAGUUCACCAGCAGGGAGGAGCCAAGAUAGUGGAUGUUGAUGAGGCUGACGUGGACUCCGAUGGCAUCGGCCUGUCUGACAGGGGGACUGAAGAGUUGCCCUCCCCCAUGGGGGAGCUGGGCAUCCUGAAAUCCGGACAGAUCGUAACAGACAAGAGCUGUCAGGAUGCUGAAAACUGCUCCAUCUACCCCUCCGUGUCCCAGCAACUGCUGAGUGCAAGCAGCCCCUGCUCCUCUGCCUCGGCAACCCCGCUGGCAUCCCAGCACUGCCUGCAGCUCCUCCAGCAUCAGCUACUGCAGCAGCAGCAGCAGACACAGGUGGCUGUGGCACAGGUGCAGCUGCUGAAAGACCAGCUGGCUGCCGAAACAGCCGCCCGCAUCGAGGCUCAGGCCCGGGUGCGCCAGCUGCUGCUGACCAACCGCGACCUGCUGCAGCACGUCUCCCUGCUGGUGAAGCAGCUGAAGGAGCUGGAGAUCAAGGUGCAACACAGGCAGCCAGUUGACAGAUCCUUGCAGAACCUGUCCCUGGCUCAGUCCCUGUCUCUGAACCUGAAGAACCAUUACAGCCUGGAAAUCAACCUGCCCUCCACCUCCACCCCAGCCAGUGUCCUGGGCAGCCCACUGGCCCCUGGCUCGCUGGCUCUGCUGGGCACCAGCGCCUCCUACCUCAACCUCCUGAGUCUGGAGAAAGGUGGCAGGGGCCCUGUCGCCACGGACGGGGACGAGCGCCUGGUGGUGCUGGAGGGGCAGGAUGGUCUGUACCGGCGGGUGGAGGGCUCCGAGGUCAGCGACCAGGCUCUGCUCAAUGGUGGCGGCAGGCAGAAGGCAGGCGACCCGAGCAGCAGAGCAGAGGACGAGAGGUCGCAGCAGCCCAUCCCCAAGCUCAACCCCCCCCCGCCCAUCCUGCGGAAGAGGUCGAGCAAGACGUCCCCGAGCCUGGAGGUGGAACCCAAGCCUGAGAACGCUGCUCCCACGACGCUGCCCAGCCCCAACGCGUCCAGUCUCACCAACGUCACCACCUGCUCGCUCGCCAGCUCGGAGUUUGAGUCGGACGCCAGGACUCCUGCCCCCGGCACAGAGCUCUUCCCCAACCAGGGGGCCCGGCCGGCAUGGGGCGAGAACAGCCAUGCGUCCCCCAUGUCUGGCACCUACCAUCCUUCGGAAGGGGCCCCUGCACCUGGCGAGAUGGCUAGCAAGAACCCAGCGAGACACCCGGCAAACACGGCCUGCACCAUGGACAGCACCUUGCCGUUCUCCGCGGGCACCGAAACCUGCUUGCAUAUCAGCUUCUCGGAGGAUGAGCUGCUGGAGAAUGAGGUGGAUGAGGCCAGGGGGCUCAGCAGGGUCCCUGCUUAG